AUGCCCUCACUGGCUGAAGACUCCGAUGACUUCACAGCAGCACUUGAUGCUGUGGAGGACAUGGACUCUGAAUCUAACGACGAACAAGACAGCGAGUCCGAAUCUGAUGCAGGCAGCGAUCUUGGGACCUUGAGGUCAAUAUUGAACGUUCCUCAGCCAGAUGCACCUAUGCACGAAGUUCGCAAGGCUCUCGAAGUCGCGCAAUGCGCAUACACUGCAGUACGAUCUGAGCUACGGGUUCUCGAGAAAGACUACACUGCACUCCAGGCUGCCAUUCCUCCCCACAGCCGUAACCGAGUGCUUAAGAAGACAUCUACUGUCGAUAGCAGCAUCAGCCGUGCAGGCAAGAUGUACGCAAUGUUCAACUAUUUUUGGGUCAUGAACGGUCUCUUUCCAACAACCCCCCAGCCAAAUGUUGAUCCACGCAGCAAUACAUGCUGGUCCUCACCUGAUGCGAAGCUCAAAGGUGCCAUGGCUGAGCUGUAUCUCUGCUUCGGACCGUUGUUUCGUGCCGCAGUUAGCUCUGAAAGAUCCAACAUCCUGCACGUCAUCAAGGACUGUGCAGGUUCAAUCUUUUCCAAUCUGAAGCUUGAUCCUACCACAUUCACCGACGAGCCUUCUAAAAAGAAAGAGAACAUGCAACUCCUUACGCUUAUCAAGAAAAAUGGAGAAGGGGAGUAUACACAUCUAGCGCCCAUAUUAUUCAAGGACCCCAGCGCAAUCAUCCCCGAUGACUUUCUCAUGUCGCCCAUCCUUGUCAAAAUUAUUCGUGUCAAAAUGUUUGGGAAGGCCGUCCUGUCUGGGAAGACCAAGGGACAUCCCAAGGCUAGAGGUCAGCGCUGGGCCACGCAGUGCGUAACAGAAGGUAUGAUUGCGGGUGCUGCAAUCUUGGCGCGUUUCUUAUUGUCGCACGAUCAUGAACUUACAGCAAUUGGACCAGCUACAAAAAUAGAGUACCAGCAAGACUUCGAUUUCUAUCUUGAAUGGUUGUUCAAACGCAGCUCGUGGGCAAUCAGUGUUAUGGACUACUACAACAGGGAGGUAUUUGGAACGAGUUUGGAGCCUAGCGCAUCGGCCACAGUGCCCUCCAUCUCUCAUUCUCACAGUUGGGAGGAUGACUUCCUACAGCAGUUAGAUUCAGAAACACCCGCUCACCCACCACCACCCGCUCCCACUCCCGCACUAUCUCUUCCCGUCGCGACACCUAUUUCCUCACAACUCACCUAUGUUUCCGCGCCUGUCACUAGGAGUCAUACUGAUGUGGUCUCCAACUACCAUUUUACUGCAACGACCAUUAGUCAGGGAGGUGUCGCCUCUGCCUCUGCCAUCAUCGACACUCAGCUGCAGGUUGACAUCGGCCAGCUGUCACUCAAGGACAGCGCUGAGCCAUCUGCAUCCAAGAGUUGCAGAGCGCCUGCAGCAACUACUCACAAAUGUCACACCGGCGCCACUCAGAAAGCUCAAUCUGCAGUGGACUCAGAUAUGUCCCCAAUCGUCCCAUUGGCCCCUCCUCCAGCGGUCAAGCGUGUCACAUGCAACAGUGGCAACAGAGUUAAGAAGGCUGUGGGAAAGACUAAGUAA